CCCACCCCCCUUUCCUUCAAAGGUCGGUUAAUGUGCAUCACUGCGCAAGAAAUGGCUCAAAGCUUUCCUCUGAUCGUUAUUGUACUCUCUCUGGUUGCUGUGGGGCUAGGACUGGACAAUGGGCUAGGUGAGAUGCUACACUGAGCUAUAAUAUAAAACUAAGGUAUCUAUGCAUGCAAUGUCCCAGGUCUCACUCCUCCCAUGGGUUGGAACACCUGGUGUACACUGGGGAGAUGUGGACGUGACUACUGCGACAGUAAGGAAAUCAUGUCCAUCGCUGAUGCCAUGGUGGCAAAUGGCAUGCAGGCAUUUGGUUAUGAGUACAUCAACAUGGACGACUGUUGGGCUGAUCACAGAGACUCCAACGGGAAUAUUGUGCCUGACAAAAAUCGAUUCCCAGAUGGACUGAUGCCUGUAAUUCAGUAUGUGAACAGCAAAGGAUUUAAGUUUGGGCUGUACACAGAUGCAGGAGUGUACACAUGCAGCCAGGGAGGUAGAGACCACAAGAUCCCCGGUAGCUAUGGAUACUACGAGCAGGACGCUAAGACGUACGCACAGUGGGGUGUUGAAUACGUUAAGAUGGAUUGGUGUAACACUAAAGUCAAUGGCACUGAACUUGAUCCAAAGGUCCAAUACGCGCAAAUGUCGAAGGCCCUGAAUGAAACUGGAAAAUCUAUCUUCUUCAACUCUUGCGAAUGGGGUGUGGAAGAUCCAUGGGAGUGGAUGGCGCAGUAUGCCAAUUCCUGGAGGAGUGGGCCUGAUCACCACGACGACUGGAAGUCCACCUCACAGAUUAUUGAGAUCAAUGCAGACAAAGGAAAAUACGGCAAUCCGGGGGGUUGGAAUGACGCAGAUUUCCUGAUGACUGGGGGUCAGGGCUGUGAAGACAACGUCCCCCUGAAGCAUUGUCCUGGAAUGACUGAUACAGAAUAUCGUACAGAGUUCAUCAUGUGGUGCAUCAUGGGAUCAUCUCUCUUGGUUUCCACGGAUAUCAGGAACAUGACAGAUAUCAUGAAGAUGGCUCUACUCAAUAAAGAACUUAUUGAUGUUAACCAGGACAAAAAAAAUGGAACUGGCGGUAACAGGAUUGGAAACUGGGACUGCAGUGAGGGGUCCAAAUACUGUCAAAUAUGGGCCAAGCAUCUCCACGAUGGCCGUUAUGCUGUUGCUCUCUACAAUGCUGGAGAGAAAUCCCAUGACAUCACAUUUAAGUUUGAUCUUCUGGGAAAGUCCUGGACAUCUGUUACCAUGAGAGACCUGUGGGCCCACAAGGACUUGGGCACAUUCACCACAAGCUUUUCGGCUGAAGUUGAAUCUCAUGGUGCACAAGUGUACAUGGUAGCACCCACCUCUUAGAGAUUAUACUGAUAGACUGAAGCAUGGCGAUAAGAAUUGCUUUUUAUACAUGUAAUUUAUGUGAAUGGAGUGCAUUGUGCUUACAGCUGUGUGCAUGUAUUCUGGUUGUAGCUAGGUUGCCCCUUAAUUUGUACGUACAUACAUAUAAUUUUUUGCCAUUGUUUUUCAUGCCUUUCGAUAAUAAUUAUUACUACACACACAAAAA